CCUGGACUUUCAAAUCGGGUUGACCUUGUUAUUAACAAAAGCUUUCUAGAGCAUGCCCCAAUAAUUUGAUUAAGGCGUCCCCAGUCGCCUUGAAAGUUUCCAGAUCCGCAAUGGCUACAGUGCGAAUCUGUGUCUGUGGUGAUGAGGGCACUGGCAAGUCCAGUCUCAUCACCUCCCUUGUGAAGGGGGUGUUCGUUACAAACAAGAUCCAGCCUAUCCUACCUCAAAUCACCAUCCCUCCUACGAUCGGUACCCCCGAGAAUGUCACGACAACGACGGUGGUAGACACCUCCGCUCUUCCGCAGGAGCGCAAUAAUCUGGCCAGGGAGAUCCGGAAGUCCAAUGUAAUCCUACUCGUGUAUUCGGACCAUUACAGCUAUGAGAGAGUCGCUCUAUUCUGGUUACCCUACUUUCGUUCUCUAGGGGUCAAUGUCCCCGUGGUACUAUGUGCGAACAAGUCCGAUCUUGCUGCAGAUCACACCGAGGCCCAGGUCAUUGAGGAGGAAAUGCUACCAUUAAUGGCGGAGUUUAAGGAAAUCGACUCUUGCAUCCGUACCAGUGCCCGUGAACAUCGGAAUGUCAAUGAAGCCUUCUUCCUCUGCCAGAAAGCGGUUACCCAUCCGAUCGCACCGCUGUUUGACUCCAAAGAAUCCUCCCUGAAGCCGGCAGCCAUCGCGGCGUUACAGCGAAUUUUCUACCUCUGCGAUAAGGAUAGGGAUGGUUACCUCUCUGAUAAAGAGAUUAAGGACUUUCAAAUGAGAUGCUUUGAGAAGCCAUUGAGUGAGGAAGAUUUGAUUCACAUCAAGGAGACCAUUCAGAGGACGCAUCCUCAUUCCGUGACACCCUCAGGCAUUGAUUGCCGCGGUUUCUUGCAGCUGAACAAGAUGUAUGCGGAAAAGGGUCGACACGAGACUGUUUGGAUCAUACUACGAGCAUUCCAAUACACGGACAACCUAUCACUACAGGAGAACUUCCUUCACCCGAGGUUUGACGUGCCCCCUUAUGCGUCGGCUGAGCUUUCGCCAGAGGGGUAUCGAUUCUUUGUGAACCUCUUCCUACUCUCGGACAAGGAUAAUGACGGAGGUUUGAAUGAUGCGGAGCUGGCGUCGCUCUUUGCGCCCACCCCGGGAUUGCCUGCUUCAUGGGCGGACGGUUCCUUCCCAUCCUCUACCGUUCGCAACGAAGCCGGCCAUGUCACCCUUCAAGGAUGGCUUGCGCAAUGGAGUAUGACUACUUUCACGUCGCCUAAGACAACAUUGGAGUAUCUGGCCUACCUGGGUUUCGAGUCGUCCGACCGGAGCAAUCCUUCUACAACAGCAGCGCUGAAGGUUACGCGACCACGAAAGAGACGCAAGCGUCCUGGCCGUGUGGGCCGCAAUGUUGUUCUUGGUCACGUCCUUGGGGCUGCAGGCUCAGGCAAAUCUGCACUCCUUGACGCUUUUCUUUCCCGUGGAUUCAGUAAUACUUAUCGGCCUACGAUCCAGCCCCGAACUGCUGUGAACACAGUCGAGCUUCCGGGAGGGAAACAGUGCUACCUCAUCCUCGAUGAGCUCGGGGAACUGGAGCCUGCCCUCCUCGAGAAUCAGGUCAAACUGCUGGACCAGUGCGAUGUCAUCGUGUACACGUAUGACUCGUCAGAUCCCGAUUCCUUUGCAUACAUCCCAGCGCUGCGCGCCAAAUAUCCUCACUUGGAGGAGCUUCCCAGUGUUUUUAUUGCACUCAAGGCAGACUUGGAUCGGACUACUCAGCGGGCCGAAUAUCAGCCCCACGAAUACACUGCUAUGUUGAAUAUGCCGAGUCCUCCUCUUCAUGUCAGUGCCACUUGGAGCUCCAUCCAGGAGGUAUUUGUCCACAUUGCAGAAGCGGCGAUGGAGCCUAGUACGGCCUUCCCACGGAGCGAGGAAGAUGUGGAAGGCAAAUGGAUGGCAUGGGGAAUUGCUCUUGGGGCAGUGGUUUGCGCUGGAGCGGCGGCCGUCAUGAUUUGGCGGAGAGUUAGUGGAAGCGGAGUCGUCCUUCCCCCACCUCCGCCUCGCUAUACCGUCCCCGUCGCCUAUGCGGCCGGGGCGUCGAAUGGCAUGGCGGUGCCAGUUGUAGAGACCAAUAAUAUCAUCAGCCAUCCAGAGGGUGGCUGUCCCUUACAAGCCGGAGAAGGCACUUACCUCCUCCGAGAUGACCUACACUUAGCCACCCCUCCUCCACAUCCCUCCGAAGCCCCGCUCAUGAAUCCCAAUCCACUUGCGACCGUUCCGGCGCCUCCGACAUCAGGUGUCAAGCUCUCGCUGGUUAGCAUCGGUAGCCGGCUCAAGACCCCCACAACCUCCGUGGAUGGCGCAGGCGCAGCAUCUUUAUUUGGAGAUGGCAAUCCAGCUCUAGCAGCACCACCUGUGAAGGAAGGAUUGAAGAGGAGGAAGCCGAAGAACAAUAUCAUAAAGAGCAGCUCGUCAUUCGUCUCGCGGGUCAUUACGCAUGAGACGGCAACCAAGCGAUUGAACGAUCGGAAUCCGGAUGGUCUAUUUGCCUUUGCAAAUAUCAAUCGUGCCUUCCAGUGGCUGGAUCUCAGUGCUAAGCAGAAGGAAGAGCCUGUCACCAAGAUACUGUUCACCAAAGCGCACAUGAUAAGCCAUGAUAUCAAUGAGCUAACCAAGAGCACAUCACACAUAGAUGUUGUCAUGGGUUCCUCGGCUGGAGACAUUAUAUGGUACGAGCCGAUGUCUCAGAAGUAUGCACGUAUCAACAAGAACGGCGUCGUCAACAAUUCUCCUGUGACGCAUAUAAAAUGGAUUCCUGGUUCAGAGAAUCUGUUCAUGGCUGCUCAUGCGAACGGACAGUUGGUGGUAUACGACAAGGAGAAAGAAGACGCUCUUUUCACACCGGAACUGGGCAGUCCGUCGGCUGAAACGAUGAAGUCGUCGUCGGGGCGGCAGCCACUGCAAAUCCUGAAGUCGGUCAACUCGAGAAAUCAGAAAACCAAUCCAGUUGCGCUGUGGAAACUCGCGAACCAGAAAAUCACGCAAUUCGCCUUCUCCCCGGACCGCAGACACUUGGCUGUUGUCUUAGAGGAUGGAUCGUUACGAGUUAUGGACUACUUGAAGGAAGAGGUUCUGGAUAUUUUCCGCAGUUACUACGGAGGGUUAAUAUGCGUCUGCUGGUCGCCGGACGGAAAAUACAUAGUAACCGGAGGCCAAGACGAUCUUGUUACGAUCUGGUCGUUACCAGAGCGCAAGAUUGUCGCACGUUGCCAGGGCCACAACUCCUGGGUCUCUGCGGUAGCUUUUGACCCAUGGCGCUGUGACGACCGUACUUACAGAUUUGGUAGCGUUGGUGACGAUUGUCGAUUGCUGCUAUGGGAUUUCAGCGUGGGCAUGCUGCACCGACCGAGAGUACAUCAAGCCAACGCCCGCCAACGCACCAGCAUGAUCGUCUCGAACACGCAACACCUCAACCGUCACCGAGCCGAUAGCGGAGGAACCCGAAUGCGAUCCGAUUCUCAGGAGACCGCAGAUACCUAUAACAGUUAUGAUCCGACUGUUCGUCAUCCGGUGGAACCCAGAGCACGAACCGCCCUCUUACCACCGAUCAUGUCCAAAAUCGUUGGUGAAGACCCUAUCUGCUGGCUAGGCUUCCAAGAAGACUCCAUCAUGACAUCUUCACUCGAAGGCCACAUUCGCACCUGGGAUCGUCCCCGAGAAGGAAUCAACGACAACUACAGUUAUUCGCCUGCGAUCAGUGCCAGCGCCACCGGGUCCGGUCGUGCUGACUCGAUGAUGGGAUCACUGUGAACAUUACUAUGACCCCCGGAUCGGCCCAUCUAUCAAAGUAGUUCACAAUCUCGUAGCUGCUCUGUAAAUAUGUAUGUAAACAACUAUCGAAUUAGGA